UCCGUUUGUUAUUCCCAAAAAUCUUACCUUCUUCUUCUCCUCUCGUUUUUGAGAAACUGCAAAUCACUCUCUUCUCUCCUCUAGAAUGGCGUCUCUUCAGCAAACCAUGUUCUCUCUGCAAUCGAAACUUCCACCAUCUUCUUUUCAAAUCGCGAAAUCUCUUCCUAUUCGAAGAACAACCUUACCACUCCGAAUCAGUGGUGGAAACGCGGCGGGAGCGAGAAUGUCAGCUACAGCAGCCGGAAGUUACGCAAUGGCUCUCGCAGACGUUGCGAAGAAGAACGACACUCUCGAAUCAACGAGUGCAGACAUCGAAAAGCUAGAGAAGGUAUUCUCAGAUCCACAGGUACUCAACUUCUUCGCCAAUCCAACCGUCGAGCUCGAGAAGAAGCGUCUCGUGAUCGACGAGAUCGUGGAAUCGUCGUCUCUCCAGAGCCACCACACCUCGAAUUUCCUCAACAUCUUGGUGGAUGCGAAUCGGAUCGACAUAGUGACGGACAUCGUGAAGGAGUUCGAGAUGGUGUACAACAAGAUAACGGAUACGCAGUUAGCGGAGGUUAGGUCGGUGGUGAAACUGGAGGAGCCGCAACUUGCUCAGAUCGCGAAACAGGUUCGGAAGUUAACCGGAGCGAAGAACGUGAGGGUUAAGACGGUUCUUGAUCCGAGCCUUGUCGCUGGGUUCACGAUUAGGUAUGGUGAUUCCGGGUCGAAGCUUAUUGAUAUGAGUGUGAAGAAGCAGCUUGAGGAUAUCGCUGCUCAGCUAGAACUCGGCGAGAUUCAGUUAGCUGCUUGAGAAAAAUUGGGUUGAGAAUCGCCUUUUUUUUGUGCAAGUUAAUUCUUUCUCUCUUCUUGUUCUUUUUGUCCAUCGAUCAUAAUGUAAUAAUUAUAAUAAUUUCAGGUUAUUUUCAAUUAA